AUGACUGGAGAAGCAGAAAAUUGGAGACCUAUUCCUGAAGAGUUACAACAGGUCGUGCAACUCCUCCAACAUUCGCAGUCACCGGAUACACAGACACAACGAAAUGUUCAAGAACGUCUUGAUCAGCUCAAUCUGCAUCCCGAAUUUUGCUGUUACCUUGUUUUUAUUCUCAGUGAACUGAAAGAUGAGCAGGUGGCGAAUCGUUCACUGGCUGGUUUAAUACUAAAAAAUUCAAUAAGAAUGCUAUGGGGUCGUCUAACGGAACCCAUACGACAGUAUGUUAAGAACAAAACACUUUUAGCAAUUUCGGAUUACCAUCCGUUAAUACGCGCAACUGUAGGCAUUAUUAUAACGACAAUUGUUGUUCAUGAGGGUAUCGCUCAGUGGCCGGCCUUACUCCCUACGUUGUGCAACAUGCUAGACGGGUCCGAUGAGAACUUACAAGAGGGUGCUAUGGGUGCAAUACAGAAAAUUUGCGAAGAUUCUGCAGAUAUGUUGACACCUCAGGAACACUUGAGUACACUUAUUCCGAAACUUUUGUGUUUCUUCAAUUCCCCAUCACCAAAGUUGAGGGCGUUGGCGCUGAAUUCGGUGAACUGCAUUUUACUAGUUCAAACGGAGCCGUUAAACAACAUUAUGGAUGUAUUUUUGCAACAUUUAUUUGCCUUGGCAAAUGAUGUAGACACGGAAGUACAAAAGCAGCUUUGUCGAUCGUUAACACUGUUACUUGAUUCUCAUCUCGAUAAACUAGCAUCUCAGUUAGGAAACAUUGUGGAGUUCAUGCUUCUGAGAACACAGGAUCCGAAUGAAGCAACAGCGUUGGAAGCUUGUGAAUUUUGGUUAGCAUUAGCAGAAAAUCCGCAAGUGUGCAAAGAAGCUCUAUUGCCUCACCUUCCUAAGUUAAUACCAGUUCUGGUUAGGUGUAUGAGGUAUUCCGAUAUGGAUGUUGCUGUUUUGAAAGGUGAUAAUGAUGAAGAGGAUGGUUCGAUACCCGAUCGUCAGCAAGACAUAAAACCACGUUUUCAUCGUGCCAAAACGCAAACACAGACACAGAGGAAGUCCGAUUCUACUGCUGAGGGGGAAUCCAUGGAUGAUGAUGAUGAUGGAGAUGAUGACAGUUCAACUGAAUGGAAUUUGCGAAAAUGUAGUGCUGCUUCCCUGGAUGUACUUUCUAGCAUAUUUAAUGAUGACUUUUUGCCAACUCUAUUGCCUAUCCUGAAGGAAACUCUCUUCCAUAACGAUUGGCUAAUAAAAGAAAGUGGAAUAUUAGCUUUGGGUGCUGUUGCGGAAGGCUGUAUGUCCGGAAUUACUCCACAUUUACCUGAACUCGUACCAUUCUUAAUCACAUCUUUGCAGGACCGAAAGGCUCUUGUGAGGUCAAUCACUUGUUGGACUUUAUCUCGAUAUUGUCACUAUGUUGUUCAGCAAGAUCAUAAUAUGUAUUUCAAGCAGUUGUUAAAGGAGUUACUGGCUCGUAUCCUAGACGGUAAUAAACGAGUGCAAGAAGCUGCAUGCUCUGCAUUUGCUACCCUCGAGGAAGAAGCAAAUUUGGAAUUGGUUCCAUAUCUUCCCGAGAUUCUUGCUACUUUAGUGGAAGCAUUCAACAGAUAUCAGGCUAAAAACUUGCUCAUUCUGUAUGACGCAGUAGGUACAUUGGCAGAUAGUGUUGGUCCGAAUUUGAAUGAACCGCAGUACGUUGAGACUAUUAUGAGGCCGUUGAUGGUAAAAUGGGCUGCUCUUGGCGACGAUGACAAAGAACUAUUUCCAUUGUUAGAAUGUUUAUCUUCUGUCGCUACUGCUCUUCAUGAAGCUUUCCUCCCAUACUGCGAACCUGUUUUUCAAAGAUGCACAGCACUAAUUGGACGCUGCUUGCAACAGUCACAGCUUGCCAUGGAGCGACCGUCAGAAUAUGACAUGCCAGACAAAGAUUUUCUUAUUGUUGCAUUAGAUCUUCUCUCGGGACUUGCAGAAGGACUUGCAGAACAUAUUGAUUCUCUUGUUGGGCCGAGUCAAAUUAUUGGCCUCGUUUACCAGUGCUCUAUGGAUUCAAGUGCUGAAGUGCGGCAGAGUUCAUUCGCAUUGCUUGGUGAUUUAUCCAAAGCGUGCUAUCAUUAUCUGCAGCCUCAUAUAAAUAUCUUUCUUCCUAUUUUGGCGCAGAAUUUGGAUCCUGAUGCGAUAUCCGUGUGUAAUAAUUCAAUAUGGGCAAUUGGUGAAAUAGCUAUGAAGAUGGGUGAGAGUAUGCGUCCACAUGUGCUUGGAUUGUUACCGGCUCUGAUAAUCGUAAUGAAUAGAGAGAAAGGGCCAAAAACACUGCUGGAAAAUACUGCAAUAACUCUUGGUCGUUUGGGCAUUAGUUGUGCUGGUGAGGUGGCACCGUUCUUACCACAAUUUAUUCGUCCGUGGUGUUUGGCAUUGCGGAAUAUACGCGAUAAUGACGAAAAAGAGAGCGCUUUUAGGGGUCUUUGUAAUAUGAUUAAUCUGAAUCCUGCUGGAGUACUUGCGGAGUUCAUAUUUUUAUGUGAUGCUAUUGCGUCUUGGAAUAAUCCGCAACCUGAAUUGAAAAUGAUGUUUUCAAGGAUUUUACACGGAUUUCGACAACAAGUUGGUGAUUUAAACUGGACGGCAUUCACAUCACAAUUCCCUGCUCCGCUAAAGCAGAGAUUAGCAAAUCAAUAUGACGUUUAG